AUGGAUGCUGAUGAUGACUUGGAUCUGUUGGCCUCCCUCCUGGAAGAAAGCGAGGCAACUGAGGAGAGGAAUUCUCCUGAAGAGGAAGAUGCUCCAGAGGAUGAGGGGGGAGAACCAGAUGAAUAUGAUGAGCUCUUUGAUGCAGAAGAUGAUGCGUCCUACACGGAGGAAGUGGAUGCUGAGGACAGCCUGAUGGAUGAGCAGAAGGAGAACCUGGCUAUGCUGUUUGGAGAUGUAGAUGACCUGCUGGAAGAGGAGGAGGCAGCAGAGGAAACUGCCUCCACUUCAGCUCACAGUCAGGCAAAAGAGAAAACCAACCAAGAACUACAAGCUGAGCUGAAAAAAUUGCAAGAACAGAUGAAGACAUUACAGGAGCAGUUGAAAAAGGCUGCUAUUGGGCAGCAGUCCAGUUCAGGCCCUGAGAAGAAAACCCCUGGUAAAUCUCCCUGUUCACCCUUAAAGGAAAGGAAUGUUCAGAAGCUGCAAGAGUCACCAUGUUUUUCAGCCCAGCUGGGCAAUCCUUUACCUCCAGCCAAGCGAGGAACCCAGAAAUCAAAAGCAUCCUCAGCAGAGAACAAGGCUCCUCCUCCACGGCAAGUCCUCAGCCUGGCAUUCCAGCCUCUCCAAUCUUCUGUGGGGAACACACCCAGUAAGGUGACCAGAGAGAAGACUCCUCACAUACCUACAUGCUCCAGAGCAACAACUCAGCCAGUGUCUGUGGAAACCUUCUCAGGACUGAGAUUAAGAAAACCCCGGGUGUCUUCAGCUGAAAUGGACAGGAAAAUGGCUAACAGGAAGCUCAUCCGACUGUCCCAGCUGAAGAGCAAACUUGCUGUAGAAAACCUGGAGGAAAUAGACUGGGUAACGUUUGGUGUCAUAGUGAAGAAGGUCACUCCUCAGAGCACAAAUAAUGGCAGAACCUUCAGUAUCUGGCGGCUGAAUGACCUACGGGAUCUCAAUCAGUGUGUCUCACUCUUCUUGUUUGGUGAUGUCCACAAAGAGCACUGGAAGACAGACCAAGGCACAGUCAUCGGGCUGCUUAAUGCCAAUCCUAUGAAACCUAAAGAAGGCUCAGAUGAGGUGUGUUUGUCUGUUGACCAUCCCCAGAAGAUCCUUCUCAUGGGUGAAGCUCUGGACAUGGGCACCUGCAAAGCCAGGAAGAAGAAUGGUGAUCCCUGUGCACAGAUUGUGAACCUGAAUGACUGUGAAUAUUGCCAGUAUCACAUCCAAUCCCAGUACAAGAAGCUCAGCUCCAAGAGGGCAGAUCUUCAGUCCACCUUCUCUGGUGGCCGCAUUCCCAAAAAGCUUGGCCGGAGGAAUCCCACUUUGAAGGAGCGGCUCUGUCAGGAUGGGUUUUACUAUGGAGGAGUCUCUUCAGCAGCAUAUGCAGCCUCAGUUGCAGCAGCUGCAGUGCCCAAAAGGAAGAUUCAAACCACUCUCUCCAAUCUCGUCGUGAGAGGAGUCGAUGCAAUUGUCCAGGAAACCAAGCAGAAAAUUGGAAAGAGACCCAUGCAGUGUUCUGAGGAAUUCAAGGAACUAUUGGCACAGCCAACUUUUGGAGCACGAAACCUCUGCAAGCACUGGACCAAAGCAGAUGUUGAGAAGAAGCAAGAGCCCAAUAUCCAGCCUGUCUCUGCUUCUGCACUGCUCAAGCAACAGAAACAGAAGUUGCUGGAGGCCAGAAAGAAGCGAUCUGAAGAGAUUCAGAGGAGGUUUCUCCAGAGCACAAGUAAAGCUGGCAGCCCUGCUCCCCUGUCCUCCUCCAGACAGUCCUCACACCAUUCCCCAAUGCCUGGGGCAGAGUUUCCCAAAGCUGCCAAAAUGUCAACUCCUCAAAGGCCCAGGCUAGGCACAGGCUUCUCAGAAGGAGAAGAUAUCCUCUUCUUUGAUGGGUCUCCUCCUGCUCCAAAACCAAAGCUAGACAGCUUGGCAGAAGCCAAAAAGCUGGCUGCAAUACGCCGACUGCGAGCAAAAGGGCAGGUUCUUGCUAAAACUGACCCAAACAAUGUCAAGAGGAAACGAGCUGAUGAUGCUGAUGUCCUAGAAAUCAUUGAAAGAGUUGAGAAGAAUGUUGCUCAGCCACAAGGUACAGAAGCAGAGAAUGAUAUGAAUGAACUGGAGCCUGCCCAAAAGAAACGGCGUGAGCAGCUGGCCUAUCUGGAGUCAGAAGAGUUCCAGAAAAUCCUGAAUGCCAAGUCUAAGCACACAGAUGUCCUCAAAGAGGUUGAGGCUGAACUGCAGGAGCAAUACUUUCAGCCACUGGUGAAAAAGGAAGAAUUAGAAGAGAAGAUGAGGAGCAUUAAAGAAGUGAAAUGUCGAGUUGUGACGUGUAAAAUGUGUAAUUACACCUAUUUCAAGCCUCUGGAGACGUGUGUCCAGGAUAACCAUGACUACCACUUUCAUGAUGCUGUCAAGCGCUUUUUCAAAUGUCCUUGUGGAGGCCGAGCUAUUUCCCUUCACAGGCUCCCAAAAAAGCCCUGCAGUACCUGUGGCCUCUUCAAAUGGGAGCGGGACGGGAUGUUGAAGGAGAAAAAAGGUCCGAAGAUUGGUGGAGAAACACUUCUACCACGAGGGGAGGAACACCCAAAAUUCCUCAAUAGUCUUAAGUGA